AAGUUCAAAGUGAUACGAGUACUACAGAUAAUGUUGCGCCAAGUACUUCGCGACCGCGUCGUACAAAUAAAACAACAAGUAAUGAAGACCGUGAGCGUGUAAUUGCUGCUAAUGAAACUGGAUAUUCCUCUACGAUGAUAGCUGAGAAGCUAUUCAAGUGAGUACCACAACUAUCGCUCGGGAGAUGAAACAAUUUAAUUAUUCGUUUAAAAGAAUAAAACUCCUACCCGAGCGACGAAAUACACCAAACACAGUGGCAGUACGAAAAGAGUACGCAUUGUCGUACAAUAGAAUAUCGCAACGUCUACCCCAAGCUGCCGUAGUAUUCAUUGAUGAAGUGGGGUUUAAUGUUAGUAUGCGGAAAAUGAUGGGUAGAUCAUUGAAAGGCACAGCAGCUACCAAAGUAGUUCCUCAAAUUCGUUCGAGGAACAUUUCAAUGAACAGCGGUGGCAUUUUGUUACAUAUGAUCAAAAAUAGGGCUAUAAACCAGGGCGUGUUUAUUGAGUUUAUUAAAGAAUUAAACGAAAAAAUUAACGAACAAAACGUUGGACAUCGGCCUUUGCUAGUAAUGGAUAACGUAGCAUUUCACAAAUGCACCACUGUUCGGGAAGCGAUGUGAAGUGAAAUACUUGCCGCCGUAUUCACCCUUUCUCAACCCGAUUAAGAACCUUUUUAGUAAGUGGAAGAAUAUCGUGAAAAGGCAAACCCCACAAAUGAACAGGAAUUAAUGACUGCGAUGGAACAAGGUGCAUCUUUGAUAACGGCACAAGAUUGUGAUGGUUAUUUUUGUAAUAUGUUCCAAUACGUCGAAAAAUGCAUACUUGGACAAGAAAUAGUAGAUUAAUGUAGAGUAAAUAGUUGUUUUAGUUUAUAAAAUUAUAUUACAUUCUAUUAGUUAGAAAAUAAUUAAUAGGUUAAGCGUACUGCAUAGUAUUACGUUUCAUGCCUUAAUAUCAUUUUAAUAUUUAAAGAGAUAGGACUAAUUUUCAUGAUUUUUUUUAUUUGGUCUGCCUGGCCGUAUUUUUUUUUUUUGCUCGGUUAGAACGGCCUGGCCUGGCCUGGCCGUAUUACAUAACAGCAAAAAUUAGACUGAACUGCAAAAUAAAUGGUGAUAAUCGUUUAUGAAAUUUGAUUGUACUGCGUUUUGAAAGAACAACAUGAUAUUAUAGUGAUGUAUAAAAUUCCAUAAAAAUCAUAUCUUGUAAAAUAUUCUGAAUUCACGUUCAAAAGCUACUAACAGCUUGUUGACGACACAUCUGGACGUGCCAUAUGUCUUUAUGCGGUGGAAAUGGUAGACGUGUCAUCCAUGCACGUUAAGAGCAUUGCAUGAGUCUAUAGCACUGGGACUAGAACGAAGCGAUGAACAAGUUAAAUAAAGAAUUAACUAUAUUUAUGACUAUAUUUCCGCCAAACCCCAUCUAGGAGAACAGUCUAUCACCGGUAGGUUGUUCCUUCUUGACAAAAGACCCUAUCCGCAGAAAUGAGUGACUUUUGAUAGAAAUGUGCGAAAGAGAUAGCAAGCUCACCAACUUCGAUUGUCAAAUAUGAUUCAAUCUAUGGCGAGGGGUCAAAUGAUGGGUGAGGGGCGUAGAGAAACGUCUGCCAUAUUUAAAUUUGACACGAAGAGCGAGCCAAAACAACAACAAGAAGCGCGAAACGUAACGAAAUUCUGCGAAAUACAUACAAUAGAAAAAAAACGUGGUAUCGGUCGAUGUGUUGCUAACAUCACACUAGAUAAACGAAAGAAAUACAAAUCGAUUGUGUCUAUACGCUAGACGGACCAGUCACUUAUUUUGCUUAACUUGUGCUAAUUAACAUUUAUUUUGUUUUAGGUUAACGAUAAAUCAUGGAAAAAGCUAAACGAGCAAAGAUCAGCCAACUCAAAUACCGAAUGGGUAAAACGAUUUGGUCUGAAAUGGAAAAGGAAUGGGAGUCAGAAAACAACUCUGCAACAGUGACAAGCCAGGAAAUUCAAGAAUUCGGCCAACCCAUUGCUCAACCUGCCAUGGAAGUCCUCCCAAUAGAAGAACCACCGAUGGAAGUAUCGGAAGAUGAUGAGGAGGAAAACAUUCCAAAUUUCAUGCCAGACGAGAGCGGCGAUGAAGAUCAGGAUGAGUAUAGUGAUGACGACAGAGCCCACCAAAAUCAAAUCUUUGUCCAUGAAUUGCGAUUGUGGGCUCUAAAGCAUAAAGUCCCGCAUAUUGUUUUAAAUGAUUUAUUACAAACCUUACGCAAAACCACUAAUUUUUACCUUCCAAAAGAUUCCAGGACAUUUUUGAAGACUCCAGUAGGCGUAGGAAAGGAAAUAGCGUCUGUAGCAGGUGGGCAACUGUGGUAUCAAGGAAUUGAAACUGCUCUUCAACAAUUCCUUCGAGUAAUGCCGCAGAGUAUCGAUUCGUUGGUAUUAAAUUUGUCAAUGGAUGGUCUACCAUUACAUAAUAGCGGAGCUACAGAAUUUUGGCCUAUUCUAAUGCAACUAUACGGUAUACCAGAUGUUCCAAUAAUGGUAAUUGGAGUAUUUUGCGGUACAACGAAACCGGAUAACGUCGAAGAAUAUCUCCGUCCCCUCGUAUCGGAGCUCAAUCACCUCCUUAACAACGGAAUAUGCAUAAAUGGAAGACGAAUAAGUGUUGCACUUAGAGCAAUUAUUGCAGACACCCCAGCCAGGUCGUUAAUCAAAGGAGUUGUAGGCCAUAAUGGAUUUCAUGCCUGCCUAAAAUGCAAAAUUGUGGGAAAACGCUUUGAAAGAAAGAUGAUAUUCGAAGGAACAGCAGAAGACCGUACUGAUGCCGAAUUCCGAAGCGGUGCUUAUUGCAUUGGACACCAGAAACGCCCAACACCGCUGCUAGAUGUCAAGGGUAUGGAUAUUAUUAAGGAUAUACCUAUAGCAGAUGAUCUGCACCUUCUACAUUUAGGAAUUAUGAAAAGAUUACUGUUAGGUUACGUAUUAGGGUCACUUAAACCAUACAAAAAAUGGUCAGAAGAUGAGCAGGAAAGAAUUUCAAACUUAUUAGUGAGGAUAAAACUACCUACAGAAUUUCAAAGAUCAACCAGGGCACUUAAAUUCAUAAAAUUUUGGAAAGGUUCAGAAUUCCGAACAUUUUUGCAUCACAUUAGUAUACCUUUACUGAAAGGUAGUAUCACUGACAGCGCGUAUCACCAUUUUAAACUCUUUUUUAUGGCAGUAACUUUGUUAUCGAGUAAUUAUUAUAAACAAUAUUGGGAUUUCGCAGGAAAAUUAUUAAAUCAAUUUGUAGAAGAUUUUAGUGUAAUAUACGGCAGAGGAUAUAUAACAUCCAAUUUUCAUAAUUUAGUACAUGUAGCAGCUGACGUUAAAAGAUUCGGACCGCUUCCAACAAUAUCGUCAUAUCCGUUCGAGAAUAAAUUACAACAUAUAAAGCGAUUAGUAAGAACAGGCCAUAGUUGUUUAAGUCAAAUAGUAGGGAGAUUAGGGGAACUACGGGAAGUAGAAGCAGCUAGUGAGAAGGAAAUAUUAAAUUAUCCAUUUCGGAAAACUAGACAGGAAGAAGUUAUAUUACAUAUUAGAGCAGAUUUCAUUCUUAGACAGGGCAAUAGAAACGGAUGGUUUCUUACAAAAAAUAAUGAGAUUGUGCGGUAUAACAGGGCAUCAGAAACAGCAGGACAAUUUGUUAUUGAGGGCCAUAAGAUUUUGAGGAAAAAACCAGCGUUUUCAUAUCCACGUAGUGCAGAGAUAAUUUUUAACUAUAUAGCAACUAUAGAAGAUCUAUCACCAGAGGCAGUUAGAAUCAAUGUUUGCGAUGUAAAAUGUAAGUUCGUGGUUGUAUCGUUAGAUGAAGGAGUAACAUUUCAUUUUAGCCCUUUAACACAUACGCUUCAACAAUAGAUAGACGUUAGGGAACGGAGUAGGGACCACAGCGGAUGUUUAACCAUUCUUUGUUAGUAUCUUUUAUAAUAACUUUCUUUUUCAGCUGGCUAGCUAAUGCGAAGAUACGUUUUACGUAUCUUUAACUCCUAUCUCAACCUCCUCGUGGUGCUAGCUGGAUUAUAGUUACAAUACUUGCUGAAUUAUUAAUUAUGCAUUUUUAUGUAACUAUAAACAAAUAGAGAAGGAGGAUUUUUUUUUAAAUUAAUUUGAAUAAACUAAAAAAAAUGAAUACAAAAUAUGUUUGAUAUGGAACUUUUUGUUCAUAAAUAAAUGAAUAAAUAAUAUUUUUCAUUACCAAGCAAUUCUAUGAGUUCUAUUUUAUUCGGUUCGAACUUAUUUUUUAAUUCAUGAAAUAAUCUAAAUCUAAAACUAUUAAUUGCCUCGCAACGUUUUUAUUUCACACCUGCCCUUACCGUGCCGCAUCUUACUGACUAAAAAAUCUUUGACGAAUUCGUCGCUUAAAUCAGUGUAUUUGUUUCCUCCAGAAAAUUUCAUUAGGGUUAAUAUAUGUUGAAAUUGACUAAAGGCAAUUUUUGCGUGCGGAAACCCUUUGCCUGUCCAACUACAUUGCGCGAGAAACUCCCUGGUGAACAAUAAAUCGACAAUAUGGUUUAACCUUGCUUCCACGACUUUCACAUGCUCUAUGGUAUGUGAUAACCUGCAUAGCAUAUCGGCCAUAUACGAACUGGUCUCCAGCAUAUUAUUAAGCAUAAUGCACUGCUCCAACGAUUCGACAGCCGUAAUUGUUAUAUUACUAGUAGUUGUUCCGUCUCUCGGGAUGAUGAUGU